AGGAUCUAGGUCCUGAGCACUGGAAUCCCCAGAACAGCAUCUGGCUUCCCAGACCCAUGCUGGCCACCACUGAUGUGUCCUUCCGGCUGCUGGCUGCAGUGCUGUUCUGUUGUUGGGUGCCCUGUGGCAGGCUUGUGCAAUGCCACUCUGUCCCCUCCUCCUCCUGGCCCUAGGCCUGCGUCUGGCUGGAACACUCAACUCCAAUGAUCCCAAUGUCUGUACCUUCUGGGAAAGCUUCACCACGACCACUAAGGAGUCCCACCUUCGCCCCUUCAGCCUGCCCCCAGCCGAGUCCUGCGACAGGCCCUGGGAAGACCCCCACACCUGUGCUCAGCCUACGGUUGUCUACAGGACUGUGUACCGUCAGGUGGUGAAGAUGGACUCCCGCCCACGCCUGCAGUGCUGUGGGGGUUACUACGAGAGCAGUGGAGCCUGUGUCCCACUCUGUGCCCAGGAGUGUGUCCACGGUCGCUGUGUGGCUCCUAAUCGGUGCCAGUGUGCACCAGGCUGGCGGGGUGACGACUGUUCCAGUGAGUGUGCUCCUGGAAUGUGGGGACCACAGUGUGACAGGCUCUGCCACUGUGGCAACAGCAGUUCCUGUGAUCCCAGGAGUGGGGUGUGUUUUUGCCCCUCUGGCCUGCAGCCCCCCGACUGCCUUCAGCCCUGCCCCGACGGCCACUAUGGUCCUGCCUGCCAGUUUGAUUGCCAUUGCUAUGGGGCAUCCUGUGACCCCCGGGAUGGAGCCUGCUUCUGCCCCCCAGGGAGAACAGGACCCAGCUGUAAUGUGCCCUGUUCACAGGGCACUGAUGGCUUCCUCUGCCCCAGAACUUACCCUUGCCAAAAUGGAGGUGUUCCUCAGGGCUCUCAAGGCUCCUGCAGCUGCCCACCGGGCUGGAUGGGUGUCAUCUGUUCCCUGCCAUGCCCAGAGGGUUUCCACGGACCCAACUGUACUCAGGAAUGUCGUUGCCACAAUGGUGGCCUUUGUGACAGGUUUACUGGGCAGUGCCACUGUGCUCCUGGCUAUAUCGGGGAUCGGUGCCGUGAAGAGUGCCCUGUGGGCCGCUUCGGUCAAGACUGUGCUGAGACCUGUGACUGUGCUCCUGGCGCUCGUUGCUUUCCUGCCAAUGGUGCGUGUCUGUGCGAACAUGGCUUCACAGGCGACCGCUGCACUGAGCGACUCUGUCCAGAUGGCCGCUAUGGUCUGAGCUGCCAAGAUCCCUGCACCUGCGACCCAGAACACAGUCUCAGCUGCCACCCAAUGCACGGCGAGUGCUCCUGCCAGCCAGGUUGGGCGGGCCUCCACUGCAACGAGAGCUGCCCUCAGGACACGCACGGACCCGGCUGCCAGGAGCACUGCCUCUGUCUGCACGGCGGUGUUUGCCUAGCCGACAGCGGCCUCUGCCGGUGCGCACCCGGCUACACGGGACCUCACUGCGCUAACCUUUGUCCACCUAACACUUAUGGGAUCAACUGUUCCUCCCGCUGCUCCUGUGAAAAUGCCAUUGCCUGCUCUCCCGUCGACGGCACGUGCAUCUGCAAGGAAGGUUGGCAGCGUGGUAACUGCUCUGUGCCCUGUCCCCCUGGCACCUGGGGCUUCAGUUGCAAUGCCAGUUGCCAGUGUGCCCACGAGGGAGUCUGCAGCCCCCAAACUGGAGCCUGUACUUGCACCCCUGGGUGGCGUGGGGUUCACUGCCAACUUCCGUGCCCGAAGGGACAGUUUGGUGAAGGUUGUGCCAGUGUCUGUGACUGUGACCACUCCGAUGGCUGUGACCCUGUUCAUGGACACUGCCGAUGUCAGGCUGGCUGGAUGGGCACACGUUGCCACCUGCCUUGCCCAGAGGGCUUUUGGGGAGCCAACUGCAGCAAUGCCUGUACCUGCAAGAAUGGUGGCACUUGUGUCCCUGAGAACGGCAACUGUGUGUGCGCACCAGGGUUCCGAGGCCCCUCCUGCCAGAGGCCCUGCCCGCCCGGUCGCUAUGGCAAACGCUGCGUGCCCUGCAAGUGCAACAACCAUUCUUCCUGCCACCCAUCGGAUGGGACCUGCUCCUGCCUGGCAGGCUGGACAGGCCCUGACUGCUCUGAAUCAUGUCCCCGAGGCCACUGGGGACUCAAAUGCUCCCAACCCUGCCAGUGUCAUCAUGGUGGAACCUGCCAUCCCCAGGAUGGGAGCUGUGUCUGCACCCCAGGCUGGACUGGACCCAACUGCUCGGAAGGCUGCCCAUCAAGAAUGUUUGGUGUCAACUGCUCCCAGCUAUGUCAGUGUGAUCCUGGAGAGAUGUGCCACUCAGAGACUGGGGCUUGCGUCUGUCCCCCAGGACACAGUGGUGUGCACUGCAAAGUGGGCAGCCAGGAGUCCUUCACCAUAAUGCCCACCUAUCCUGUGAUCCAUAACUCACUGGGUGCCGUGAUUGGCAUUGCAGUGCUGGGGACCCUUGUGGUGGCCCUGGUAGCACUGUUCAUUGGCUACCGACACUGGCAAAAGGGCAAGGAACAUGAGCACUUGGCAGUGGCUUACAGCACUGGGCGACUGGAUGGCUCCGAUUACGUCAUGCCAGAUGUCUCUCCGAGCUACAGUCACUACUAUUCCAACCCUAGCUACCACACACUGUCUCAGUGUUCUCCUAACCCUCCACCCCCUAACAAGACUCCAGGCAGUCAGCUGUUUGUCAGCUCCCAGGCAUCUGAGCGGCCAAACAGAGCCCAUGGGCGAGAUAACCACGCCACACUGCCCGCUGACUGGAAGCACCGACGGGAGUCCCAUGACAGAGGCACCAGCCACCUGGACCGAAGGUAUAGCUGUAGCUAUGGCCACAGGAAUGGCCCGGGGCCAUUCUGUCAUAAAGGUCCCAUCUCUGAAGAAGGACUAGGGGCAAGCGUUAUGUCCCUGAGCAGUGAGAACCCCUAUGCGACCAUCCGAGACCUGCCCGGCCUGCCUGGGGAACCCCGAGAAAGCAGCUAUGUGGAGAUGAAAGGCCCUCCAUCAGUGUCUCCCCCCAGGCAGCCUCUUCAUCUCCGGGACAGGCAGCAGCAGCAACUGCAGUCUCAGAGAGACAGCGGCACCUAUGAGCAGCCCACUCCCUUGAGCCAUAAUGAAGAGUCUGUGGGUUCCAUGCCCCCUCUUCCUCCGGGCCUGCCACCCGGCCACUAUGACUCGCCCAAAAACAGCCACAUCCCUGGACACUAUGACUUGCCUCCAGUACGGCAUCCUCCAUCACCUCCAUCCCGGCGCCAGGACCGCUGAGGAGCCAGCAUGGUGUGGGAGAGUGCCUGUGAACCCUGCCAGGAGCAGGGCCUGGACCAGCAGGCCAUGAACACACAUACUUGGUGAAAUGAACGGAGACUGAGGAUGGCUCUGCUUCCACCGAGGGAGACACUAGUUGGCAAAGUGUCUAACCUCCCUUUUCCAGCCCAUUGCUCAAGUCCCCCAGGCUGUGGACAUGAGCUGGUGGGCAGAAUGUUGUUGUUGAAGUCUGAUUUUAGAUCGAUUUUUUAAAAAUAUGUGUUGGGUACCUUU